AUGUCAAAUUUGAUCCUGGUGACAACAUUCAUCCUCAUGGGCAUUCCCCAUGCACCUGCCCUGGACACCACCCUCUUUGGAAUCUUCUUAGUGAUUUAUGUACUCACUUUGGUGGGCAAUCUCCUCGUCCUGCUGGUGGUCAGGGUGGAUUCCCACUUCCACACCCCCAUGUACUACUUCCUGGCCAACCUGUCCUUCAUUGACAUAUGGUUCUCCCCUGUCACUGUGCCCAAAAUGAUGAUGACCUUUGUCUCCCCAGGGGGAAAGCCUAUCUCCUUUCACAACUGUGUGGCCCAGCUCUAUUCUUUCCACUUUCUGGGUGGCACUGAGUGUUUCCUCUACAUAGUCAUGUCCUAUGAUAGCUACCUGGCUAUCAGUUACCCACUCAGAUACACCAGCAUGAUGAGUGGGAGAACACGUGCCCUCCUGGCCACCAACACUUGUCUCAGUGGCUGUCUGCACUCUGCUGUCCAGACGAUGUUGACAUUUCGUUUGCCCUACUGGGGGAGCAACCAGAUCCAGCACUACUUCUGUGAAACGAUGCCUGUCCUCUAACUGGCCUGUGCAGACACCUCUGGUAACGAAAUGGUGAUCUUUGUCAACCUAGGGUUAGUGGCCUUGGGCUGCUUUCUCCUGAUAUCGCUGUCCUAUGUGUCCAUUGUCUGCUCCAUUCUGAAGAUCCGCACCUCUGAGGGGAGACUCACAGCCUUCCAGAACUGUGCCUCCCACUGCAUCGUGAUCCUCUGUUUCUUUGUUCCCUGUGUUUUGAUUUAUCUGAGACCAGGCUCCAAGGAUGCUGUGGAUGGGGUUGUGGCAGUUUUCUACACUGUGCUGACACCCCUUUUGAACCCUGUUGUGUACACCCUGAGGAACAAGGAAGUGAAGAGAGCUCUUUUUAAGCUUAAACAGAGAACACUUUCUCAGAGCAAAUAA